AUGCGUGCUCUACUUCGACCUCUUUCUAUAUUUAGGAAGGCCUUACAAUCUAACCGCUGUGUUCAGUUGAGACACCCUUUUACUACAGCUUUAGUCUGGAGAGCCAUGGAAGAUAAGGAAGCUCUAAAAAAGCGUCUUACUCCGCUUCAGUACCAUGUCACUCAAGAAGCUGGAACAGAAAGGCCUUUUACUGGUUGUUUCAACAAGUUUUAUGAGGAAGGGAUGUAUGUCUGUGUAGUUUGCAGACAGGAGCUGUUUAGUUCAAAGACAAAAUAUGACUCUGGUUGUGGCUGGCCUGCAUUUAAUGAUGUACUUGCAAAGGAAAAAGUCACAUUACAUCAGGACACUAGUGCAGGUUUGGUGCGAACUGAGGUGCGAUGCUCCAAGUGCUCCGCUCAUCUGGGACACGUAUUCAAUGAUGGGCCGGCGCCCACCAAGAAACGCUUUUGUAUUAAUUCCGCGUCAUUGGACUUCAUACCGGCUGAAGAAAGGAAAGAUUAA